AAAAGCACACUUGCAGUUGCCACAGCCAGCAAAGCAAUCUUCUACUUUUCUUCUUCUUCUUAUUCUUCAAUUACUCCCGUCUCUAUUUGGUUCUUCAAAAUUUGGAAUUAGGGUUUUUUGACUCAGAAUCCAAUGAGACCAAUACGGCUACCGGAACCGCCUAGCCCCACGAUGGGCAUGCCGGAGAUCUUCGAAGGCGGUGCGUACAACGUAGUUAGACGCGCCGUCGUCAUUGGAAACGGUUCACCUGGAUCCGAGAACCAGAGUAUCGGGUUGGUCCGAGCUCUCGGGUUAUCCGGCAAGCAUGUUCUUUAUCGAGUUACGAGGCCAAGAGGAGGAGUAAAUGAGUGGCUUCAUUGGCUCCCUGUUAGUCUUCACAAAAAGUUGGAUUACCUCAUCCGGCUGAUUCGAAUUUACUUCCGAGGAGAGAAACUUGUGCCUUUACGUUCAGAAAAUGGUGGUGUUAGUGUUGGCUUGGCAUCUGUUUUAGAAGCUGAUGUCAAGCAUAUUGUAACCAUGGCCCGUGAAACUUGUGAAAAGGAUGGUCCUUUGUUGGUUGUUGCGUCUGGCAGAGACACUAUUUCUAUUGCAAGUUCUAUAAAAUGUUUAGCCUCUGAGAAUGUAUUUGUCGUUCAGAUACAACAUCCUAGGUCACAAUUGAAUCGGUUUGAUUUGGUCAUUACCCCUCGUCAUGACUUCUAUCCUUUAACCCCUCAAGCACAAGAGCAGGUUCCUCGGUUUCUUCACAGAUGGAUUACUCCUCGGGAACCUCCUGAUGGGCAUGUGGUACUCACUUUGGGAGCUCUACAUCAAAUUGAUUCUGCUGCACUCCGUAGUGCAGCUGCUGCAUGGCAUGAUGAGUUUGCACCUCUGCCUAAGCCCUUACUGGUGGUUAACGUGGGCUGGCCUACAAGGCAAUGUCGAUAUGGUGCAGAUCUUGCGAAGCAGUUAACUGCUUCACUUCUCAGUAUACUUACAAGCUGUGGGACUGUCCAAAUAUCUUUCUCCAGUAGGACACCUGAAAAGGUAUCAAAAGUAAUUGUCAAAGAACUUGCAGAUAAUCCAAAAAUUUACAUCUGGGAUGGUCAAGAACCAAAUCCACACAUGGGGCAUUUAGCUUGGGCUGAUGCUUUUGUCAUCACAGCAGAUUCAGUCAGCCUGAUAAGUGAGGCUUGCAGUACCGGGAAACCUGUCUAUGUUGUGGGAGCUGAGCGUUGUAAAUGGAAAUUAUUGGACUUUCAUAAAUCCUUGAGGGAACGAGGAGUGGUUCGGCCAUUUACAGGUUCUGAAGAUAUUGCAGAAAGCUGGAGCUAUCCUCCCCUCAAUGAUACAGCGGAAGCAGCAAAUCGGGUGCGUGAAGCACUUGCUGAGCGUGGGUGGAGUGUUCGACCAUAAUGAAGGUGUUGAUAAUUGUUGUUGUAAACACACUGUUGAUUUUCAUCUUCUUUAAAAGUUGAAGCCUUCAAAAAUUGGGUUUGUUCAAUAGCACAUAAGGAAACACCAGCUUUAAGCAUCAUAGCUUUAAAUUCAUUCUUUCCCCAUCAGGGAUUCUCAAAUGACACGUAGAAUAAUGCCUUACCCAUUCAGAGCGGCUUGUAAAGUGUGAAGAGUGGGGCAUGCAUAUUUUUUCACAGCGGUGCUUGUAUACCAUUUAGAGGCUGGGUUUGGUAAAUGUUGUCUCGAGUAUGCAUAUUUUUUUUGUAAAUUAAACUUUAUUGAGUUUGAUUUACACACCUGAAAUACAGAUCUGAUAUAAUGAAAUUUGACCACACGUUAUGCCAA